AGCCUUGGGGUUUUUUAAAUAGCUGAUGGAAUCAUCUAUGAAUUGACACAGGUAGGAAGUUAGACUAAACAAUUAACGUGCUUAAUUAUUCUCAGUAAACACACAAAUAAUGACAGCGAAGAUAAAAUAAAAAGAUCCAAAUGUUGGCCAUAAAAUCGUUAUCCACCGGUGAAUCAGUGUGUGUAUCCAGGGGCGCCGUUUGCCGACAGGCAAGGCAGGCAAGUGCUUGGACCAGAAGGGGGCCCCCAAAGAAGGUAGAUUAAGAAGGUCCACAGCAACGACAACAUGAAACACCCUUUAAUUUACUGCAACGAAAUGUCGGGAAACCCCCUCAAGGCGGCCCCAUGCAUAGUGCGCCGUAAGAAACUGCUUUCAGUUCAAUUUCAGUUUCGUUGCACCGCUCCGUUUCUGGGGGACUUUACUGGCAUUUAUCCGGACCGGAGACCUUGUAUAACAUUCACAAGUGGACCUUUAAUAAAAAAGUUUGAGUACCUCUGGUGUAAACAUAGUAAACACUUAAUGAGAAGCGUAUUGGAGCGGUAUCCGUCGGUAGAAAACAUACCUGAAAAACAGAGGGGGAGGUAGUUUUCCUGUUAACGUCAGAGAAUACCUUUGAACAAGAAGCUCCCCCUCUGCAUUUUGACCCAGAACACAAAGCUGAGCCGCAGGGAGACGAAUCGUGUCUUAAAUCAACAUCAAGGGUGGGGUACUACUUACCUGGUGCGGGCCGUUUCAUUCAUGAAACAUCAGCUGCUGCCACGUUCUUUCAGAAGAGAGAUCACCUUCAACUGAGCCUUGACCCCAGCGUUUUCAACAAUGGGACAUCUUCAGAGGAUGAGGAGUGUUUGGAAAUGUGUGCUCUUUGUUCCCAUCACACUCUGUGCGAUCUACUUAAUACCUGCAUCUGUAAAUUUUUUUAUUUUUUGUUUUAGACUUUUUAUUGGCUUCCUACCUAUGGAGAAAUGCCAUUUGGAAAGUGCAAAGAUGCUGAAUCUGGACAGCAGUGUGGACGCCAGCCUCAAUCUCCAGUCCAGACCUGACGUGCUAACCUGUACAUAUUGGAAAGCUGCCAUCAUCUGGGAAGGGAUGUUUGACCCCCGCCUCUAUGACGAGAUGCACAAGAUGAGAGGAUCCUCUGUGGCUCUAACAGUCUUUGCUGUGGGCAGAUACCUUGAUGCUUACCUACACACAUUCCUGAACUCAUCCGAGCAACACUUUAUGGUGGGUUUGCCCGUGACCUACUACGUGUUUACGGAUAUGCCAGAGAAGGUGCCUAACAUCAAGUUGUCUCCUCUGAGAAGCAUGAAGGUGAUCAAAGUGGAGAAGAACUCCAGGUGGCAGGACGUCUCUAUGAUGCGAAUGAAGAGCAUAUCAGAUGUGAUAGAGUCUGAUAUUCGCCACCACUGCACGCACGUCUUCUGCUUUGAUGUGGAUCAGGUAUUUACUGGGAGAUUUGGAUCAGAGGCUCUUGGGGAUUCAGUAGCUCUACUCCACGCCCACUACUACCGCCUUCCAAAGCAUUUGUACACCUACGACCGCAACCCAAACUCCAAGGCGUACAUGGAAACUGGGGAUUUUUACUACCACGCUGCCAUCUUCGGGGGCUCGUGGAAGAAUGUGAAAGCGUUGACCGAGGCCUGCUAUCAGGGCAUCAUGGAGGACAAACAGAACAAUGUGGAGGCUCUGUGGCACGAUGAGAGCCAUCUGAACAAGUACAUGCUGCUCCACAAACCCAGCAAGGUUCUCUCUCCAGAGUACUGCUGGGAUACCAGCAUCGGUUUCAGGAAAGACAUACAAGUCACCCGAUUACUGUGGGCACCAAAAUAUUAUGACACACUUCGCACACCUUAAAAACUUGACAAAUGCUAACAAAUGUAAUGUCUCAGGUUCUCAUGCUCCCCGGCUCAUUUUGUUCUCUCAGGAAUUAAUUUGCAUAUCUUCAAGUAUUUUCAUAAUGGAGUGACAACUUCUUAUAUAAAUACACACUUGUCUUUUAUCCGGAUAUCAAAUGUUUUUGUUGCAUUUUUUUCGAUGUAUAAUAUAUAUAUAUAAGUCAACUUUUUACAUGUUUGAUCAAACUGGCUGCACUUAUUGAUCCAGCUUAUUUAUUUGUAUGUCACUUUGCCAAAUGCCACUGUAUCUCUGUUUUUAACUGAUACUUAUUGACACUCAAAUGUUGUCACAUUUUUUAUAACUGUCAAAUCAAUAGCUUUUCUUCCCCCUGUUAAUGUGUGAUUUGUGUCAGUCUUUCCUCUUCUGUAAAGCGAUGUGCUGCUCUUCGUUAACUGUAUUCACAGUGUUCAUGUACAAUGUUUAUUAAUUAUAUCUUCACCAAUUUAAGAUACACAUAUAAUCAC